GGGCCGGGCUGCGGCGGCGCGGGGAUGGGCGCUGGGUUGUGAGGGGGGGGCGGCGAGGGGCGCCCCGGAGGCGGCCAUGGGGAACAUCUCGUCCAACAUCUCCGCCUUCCAGUCCCUGCACAUCGUCAUGCUGGGCCUGGACUCGGCGGGGAAGACGACGGUGCUGUACCGGCUGAAGUUCAACGAGUUCGUCAACACCGUGCCCACCAUCGGCUUCAACACCGAGAAGAUCCGGCUGAGCAACGGCACGGCCAAGGGCAUCAGCUGCCACUUCUGGGACGUGGGCGGCCAGGAGAAGCUGCGCCCGCUCUGGAAGUCCUACAGCCGCUGCACCGAUGGCAUCAUCUACGUGGUGGACUCAGUGGACGUGGACCGGCUGGAGGAGGCCAAGACGGAGCUGCACAAGGUGACCAAGUUCGCCGAGAACCAGGGCACGCCGCUGCUGGUCAUCGCCAACAAGCAGGACCUGCCCAAGUCGCUGCCGGUGGCCGAGAUCGAGAAGCAGCUGGCCCUGCACGAGCUGACCCCCUCCACCACCUACCACAUCCAGCCCGCCUGCGCCAUCAUCGGCGAGGGGCUCACGGAGGGCAUGGACAAGCUCUACGAGAUGAUCCUGAAGCGGAGGAAGUCCCUCAAGCAGAAGAAGAAGCGGUAGAAGCCCGCAGACGCGUGGACGGGUGGGAAUGCAGACAAAGGAACCGAGGGGGAGAGAGAACCAAAGCGAUCCUGUUUUUUUGUGUUUUCCUUUUUUUUUCCCUUUUUUUUUGUCCCUUUCCAAAAGAAACGACGACAAUAGCGGUGAUAACAAUACCGCUCCUGCUAGCCAAGCCCAGAUCCUGACUGCGGGCGAGAGCCAGGAUCUCCUUCUCCCGCUCUCCCCCCUUGCCCACCACCUUUUCCCCGGCCGGAGGGCGGCGUGGAGCAUGGGGUGGCUGCUGGGCUCAGAGCUGGAGAUGCUGUGAGUCCCCUGGCCGGGCCGGAGGUGCCCUGAGCCCCCUGGCCAGGCUGGAGAUGCUCUGAGCGGGACAAGAUGCCGCAGGCGGCCGAGAGCCCGUGGAGCCGGGGUGGCCCCCCCAGCGCCCCUCCGUCCUUGAGGGGUGCGGAGGCCAAGGGGUGAACAGGGCAGGACCCUGUUAAAGUGCAUUUGAGUGAGGGCAAACGCGCGCCUGGAGCUUUUAAUGCAAGGUCAGCCGGUGGGGAGGGCGGCUCUUGGCUGCCCGCAUCCCUUGCAGGGGGGCUGGAGCAGCGUAAAAUGGGGGAGGUGGCCGAGGGGACAAAACCCAGCUGAGGGGACAAAACCCGGUCAAGGGGACAAAUCCAAACCCUGCAGGCUGGUGUUUUAGGGAGCAGAUGAGUGCAGAGCACAAGGGCAGGCAGCCUUCAGUAAUGCCGCAGCGGCUGGGGGUGUGUAGCAGUUGGUGACUGGUGCUGAGCUUUAAGCUGUUUGCUUAAAAAAAAAGAAAAAAAAAAGAAAAAAAAGAAAAGGGUGAAGUGAGGGGCAUCCAGGAGUCUCUGUUCUCAAAGGCUUGGUUGUGGCUUCUCCUGAAGCAAAGCCACGAGCAGAUCUUUAUUGUGCCCAGGCAUGCUCCAAGGUGCUAAUUUGCUCCAAUUGGGGUGACCCAAAAUACAGAUUACUUAA